AUGCACCAUCCGCUGCUGCAUGGCGGUACCUACGCAUCGACCGCCAGUACGCAAGUCGUCCAAUCGCAAGAAUCUGAAGCAGUAACAACAGCGCGAGAAGAAAGAAGUACACCGGGGCUCCUGAAGAUACUACAAGUACGAGUCACCGGGCCAAAGGGGUCGCUCGACACCUACGCGCUACUAGACGACGGGUCGACGUGCACACUCAUCGAGUCAGCAGUCGCGCAGCAGAUCGGAGCGACGGGACCGCCGUCACCCUUUUACAUAGAAGGGGUGUCGGGCAUGAAGAUCGACGCCAGUGAGUCGCGCCGAGUCAACUUGAAGAUCUGCGGGCGCAACACGAGCGAAGUCGACAUCUGCGCGCGCACAGUGCCGGACAUCGGUGUCUCGCCUCAGACGGUGCCUGCGGGGAUCAUCGAGAGCUGCCCACACCUGCAGGACAUCAAAGAAGACAUCCUCUACGAGCGAGGCGCCGCCACCAUCCUGCUCGGGCAAGAUAACUGGGAGUUGCUGCUCACGCACGCUUUCAAGUCGGGCGCGCGCGGACAACCUGUGGCGUCACUCACGACGCUCGGGUGGGUGCUACACGGCGUGCAGUACCGACAGCCGGCAGUGCAGCGCGUGCACCACCUCACAGUGCAGCCGCUUCAAGAAGAGACAAUGGAAAAAAUGAUGCGGGACCACUUCGCACUCGAGUCGCUGUGCGUCGACAAGAAGAAAUCAUACACAGAGGCCGAGCGACGCGCGCUUACGCAGCUAGAAGAAAACACGCGCGCGCUACCGGCGGGAGGCUAUGAAACAUGCCUCCUGUGGAAAGAAGACGACCCUCGGCCACCAGACAACUACUCGAGUACAAUGAAACGACUCGAGUUGCUCGAGAGGAAGCUGGACAAGAACGAAGCUAUGAAGACGCGGUACAACGCACAGAUGCAGGUGCUGCUCGACAGCGGCUACGCUGAGGAGGCGCCGCGUGAGAAGAACGAGAAGAUCUGGUACCUGCCUCACUUCGCUGUCAUCAACCCUCAGAAGCCGGAGAAACUGAGGAUCGUCCACGACGCCGCCGCUCGAACGAGAGGGACAAGUCUCAACGACAUGCUGCUGCCCGGCCCAGACCUCCUGCAGUCACUCCCGGGGGUCCUCAUGCGGUUCCGGCAACAUGCAGUGGCGGUGAGCGCGGACAUAAAAGAUAUGUUCAUGCGCGUUCACAUCCGAGAAGAAGAUCGCGACAUGCAGCGCUUCCUAUGGAGGGGAGAUCGACGCGCCGGCCCGCCUACCGAGUAUCGCAUGAAGAGCGUUAUAUUCGGUGCGACUUCAUCACCGUGUACGGCUAUUUACGUGAAAAAUAGCAACGCCGAGCGCUACAAGGACAUCUACCCGGAGGCGGCCGAGGCCGUGGUGAGAAAUCACUACGUGGACGACUACCUGGCGAGCUACGAAACAGAAGAAGAGGCGGUGCGCAUCUCCACUGAAGUCAACAAGAUACAUCACUUCGCGAACUACGACCUGCAGAAGUGGACGUCGAACAGCCGCAUCGUGCUCGCUCAGCUGUCGCAAUCUGAAGCUGAAGACCCUAGACUGCUGCAACUGGACCCGGGGAAGCUGCUGGGCAUGGUGUGGCACCCGGAGGACGACACACUCUCCUUCAACUUGAACAAACAUCGCAUCCCCGAGGCAAUACUGAGCGGCGAGCGCACACCUACGAAGAGAGAAGCGCUGCGGACAGUCAUGUCGAUCUACGACCCGCUCGGACUCGCCACGCCGGUCACCGUGCAAGCGAAGCGCAUCCUGCAGGACGUCUGGCGCUCCGGCAUCGACUGGGACGCGCAACUCGAAGACAACGAAGCACGAGCAUGGAGGAGCUGGAUCGAGCACGCGCAACAGCUGCCGCGCCUCGCCGUGCCGCGCUGCUACGCCUCAUACAGCGGCGCGGCCACUCGCGAGCUCCACAUCUUCGUCGACGCAAGUUCGUCUGCAUAUGCUGCUGUCGUCUACUGGAGGGUCGUCGAUCAAGAGGGAAACACACACCUGUCACUCGUCAGCGGAAAAGCAAGAGUCGCACAGCUCAACAAGGUGGUCUCCAUCCCGCGACUCGAACUGCAAGCGGCCGUGCUGGGAUGCCGCCUCGCACAAGCCGCCAUCGAAGAACACGACUUGAAGCCGAGUCGUCGAGUGUACUGGUCGGACUCAAGAACAGUACUCACGUGGCUACGAAAUGGCCCACGUACCUACAAGCCGUUCGUAGCACACCGCGUAGCCGAGAUAAGCGACACUACGAAAACAAAGGAGUGGCGCUGGGUACCUACAAAGGAGAACACAGCCGACGACGCGACACGCGACACGCCCCCGGACUUCAACUCGAGUCACCGGUGGUACCGCGGCCCCGCCUUCCUAUACCUACCGGAGGAGCACUGGCCGCGAGAAGAGAAGAUCGUCGAAGAAGAUACGGGGGAAGAGCGAACACUCGUCACUGUCGCCGCCACACGCUUGUCUGAGGCCCUGCCAGACAUAACUCGCUUCAGUAACUUCAUGCGAGUUAUUCGAGCGACGGCACGGGUACUACAAUUCAUCGAGCUACUACGUGCGAAGAAACAAACAGUGCUGCAUAAGCGCACUGAGAAGAAUGAAGAGGCCGACCCUGCGUGGACAAGUACUACGCCGAGAACAGCUACGCGGGCCGCUACGCCCGCCGUGAAGACAGCUGUGUGGAAGUACCUACUUCUCAGCGCUCGGCACAUGCACUGCGCGCGUCAACUGUGGCUACGCUCGCAACAACAAGAAAACUUCGCUGAAGAAAUAGCUGCGCUACAGAAAAGCGUCGCUAUACCUACUACGAGUCGACUGCACAACUUAUCAGUCAUACUCGACGAAGAGAAGAUCAUCAGACUACGUUCAAGAAUAGCGACUGCCGCCGACAUCACCCCAUCGCAACGUGAACCGGCAGUACUCGACGGCAAUCAUCGGUGGACCCGACUGUACAUCGCUUGGGUACACAAACAGCUUCACCACGGCGGGUUCGAGACAACUGCGAAUGAAGUCCGGCAACACUACUGGGUGCUGAGACUACGACACGCCGUGCGCAGCGAAGUGAAGCAAUGCCUGGCCUGCCGCAUACGGAAGGCCACACCUGCGCAGCCGUCGACGGGCAACCAUCCACAUACACGGCUCGCGCAUCAUCAGAGGCCGUUCACCUACACCGGACUCGACUACUUUGGCCCUCUCAUGGUCACUGUGGGUCGUACGAAGCAGAAGAGGUACGGCGUGCUGUUUACGUGCCUCACCACUCGAGCAGUACACCUCGAGGUCGCCGGCAGCCUGAGCACGGACUCGGCUAUCAUGGCGCUUCGACGGUUCAUCGCGCGGCGCAACUGUCCCUCCGAGCUUCACUCCGACAACGGGACCAACCUGCGGGGCGCCGACGUCGAGUUGAAGAAAGCAGCGCUGGCGGCCAUGGAGGAGGAGGCGUCGGUGCGCUUCAUCCAGUGGCGGUACAUCCCUCCGAGCGCGCCAUUCAUGGGAGGCGCGUGGGAACGGCUGGUGCGGAGCGUCAAGAACGCGCUACAAGUCACACUGCACGAGCGCGCGCCGAAAGAAGAGGUCCUCGCUACACUACUGGUCGAGGCGGAGCACACCAUCAACAGUCGGCCACUCACCCACGUGUCGACCUCUGCAGACGACGAGGAAGCCCUCACGCCGAACCACUUCCUGCUGGGCGCGCCGUCACGAGUGCCGCUGCCGGGAGCCUUCACCGAGGACGACGAGGCCGGCCGCAAGGACUGGAGGAAGAGUCAACGCCUGGCAGACAUGUUCUGGGCGCGCUGGGUACGAGAAUACCUACCGGAGCUGCAACACCGGCGGGAGCCCCGAGCCACCAACGGGGCCAUCAAGAAGGACGACCUCGUGCUCAUCGCGGACGGGACUCUACCACGGAACUGCUGGCCACGCGGAGUCGUCGUGUCUACCUACCCCGGUCCAGACGGCGAGGUGCGAGCAGUCGACGUGCGCACCAACAGAGGGGUACUCCGGCGGCCUACGAAGAAAUUGGUCAUCCUGCCAGUCAACACUUGA